GAUAACGCUGUGCUUCGUAAAGUUAUCGUCUGUUGCUGUGUUAACGAAGCUUGCAUCUAAGUUUGUUGAUCCAAGCUCUAAGCUCCAGGAUUAAUAUCGCAGGUUAUACCCUUGAUUCAUUCUUUGCAAAAUCCACGUUCCUGACUUCAUUCCUGCAAUAUUCGCCCUGUCUUUCAUUAAUCAUUGCCAGGUACAAUGGGUAUUCAACCUCCCUUUAUUUAUGACCCGGUCAAAACGGAUUGGUCCUUUGAUCCGAAAGCUGUCUCCAGAGCAAGCUUAUCACCCAAGGCACCACGACCAAAGCGACCAGACGGUCCUUUGGUCAGCUUCAAUGCACAUCCUGAUUCUUAUCUCAUUGUCCCUUCUGGAAAUGGGGAUUCCGAACCAAUGGACCCUUCUGUCAAGAAGAGAGUUAAGUGGGCCAGAAAAGUCGCGUUGUUAUUGCGAUGCUUUCAAGUCCUGGCAGCAGUCGGACUUCUAGCCAUGUCGAUUUUGAUCACGGGGUUGGAUGUGGUUUCAGGUUGGAUCAUGAAGCUUGCGCCCGCUAUUGGAAUUCUUCAUACCAUCUAUGGGGUAUAUCAUUUAGCGCGGAGAUCUGGCGGCAGAGCGCCCGGAUCUUCAGCAUCAUAUAUGGCAUUUGCAUCUUUGACUGACAUAAGUAUUGUGCCGUUUUAUGCGUAUAUUUCUCUCGCAGCAAAAACAAAACAAACCACUUGGACUACGUAUCUUUCUGAUAAGUCUCUUCUAACAAUUUUCACCGACGUUCUUUUCUACGCUGCCACAGUUGGAGCCGGGCUUCAUUUGAUUACUCUUGCUAUAUCUCUAUAUCUCGCUGUCACAUUCCGCAAAAUUAAUCAACUUCCUCCGGAUAUGAAUCCUCUGGAAGAUAACCUCACUGCUCGCCACAAGCGCAACAAAUCAUCCAUUUCAACUUUCACCACUAUCACUGCUCCAUCUGAGAGGAGACUGUCAAGAGGUUCCAACCUUGAGGAUAAACGACGUUCUGGGGCCGCUUAUGAGGAUCUCGAUCGCCCUCCAACAAUACCUUUCUUCCACACCCGGACCAAUUCCAAUGAAUCAUUCCAGACUAAUCAAUCCUCGCCCCGUACAUCUCGUACAGAUUCUCCGGCUCGCUAUAAUGCCUACAAUCCCAACCAAUCACCUCGUCAUUCAGUUCCAGACUUCCAGGCAGCACCCUCAAUCUCAUCUUCCCCAAAACGCGCAUCUCGUCAGUCGUAUACCUCAGUUCCCGCCUCUGAUCUAUCCUUCCACACAGCUGAAGAGUCUGCUAGCAAUGCUAACGCUGAUGGCGGCGGUAUAACUUGGUUCACUAAUGAUUCUCUCGGUAAGAAGGGCGAUCGCAGUAGCGCACCAAGCUCUCGGCCACACUCACCAAAAAAAUCAACCCCUUCCAUCAAGUCUUCCUAUCAUCCCUUGCCGCUUGACCCUGCCACCGCCGAUGAUUAUGAUGAUGAUUUCCAUCUUCCUAAUCCGCUAAUGGAAAACCCUCCAACCCCACGUCACAAUUUCCCCUCCUCGUCAUCCAAAUAUUCCUCCCAAGCUCCGUCUGCAAUCAUUCCAGAUACCGAUAAAAGCAUUGGCAGUCCAAGUGCUGAUAUAACCGAGGAGCCAUCUUGGCCUCUACCUCUGCGCUCUCCCGAGAUUCGCGAACUAACGCCUAAGCCCCUUCGUACACGUGAUUCGGGCUCAGGUGAUAGCUUCAAGUCAAAGUACUAUGGAGAUUUGAAGCCUGCAACACCACCUGUCAUGAUCGGCGGGGAUGGGCGACAGGUUAGCAGUGGAACUGAUUUCACGGGUCAACGUGGAAGUUACAGGAGAGAUGUUAGUGGCAAGGUUGCUGAAGAAGGGAGAGGAGGUGGCGUAUGGGGAGCAAGACUGAGGAAUACAAGUGGGUUGCAGAUCUUGUAGAUAUACUAAUCGUAAUAGUACUUAGACACGAUAUGAAAGCCGACGGGCAGAGACUCAUGAUGAAGCUUCUAGUAUGGAACUUUAGAGACCUGAGGUCUAAGUGGAAGAGUCGAAAAUACAACCCAGGUUCUAUAUUUGGUUGUAAAUCUACUUUUGAAAAUAGAACAUCAUUGGAAAUACAAAAUUCCAUGAAAAUAAUGUACAGAUUUUUACAGUUACGACGCUAGGUACCGGACUUCGGUGUUGGAUAUGGAGUGGGUACAGAAAUUUGGAUAUACGAGAAUAUUGGAAAGGAUUUGCGAAAUUGUCAAGCUUGGUUCACGUUAUGUAUCGAGAGAAACAGGCUCAUUGUAUACAUUUUUGAUUUUUGCGAUUUGUAAUUUUAGGACUUAAUAUCUGUUGUUUGUAUUUGUUAUCUAUAACCCA